CCGCAUAUUUCACGUCAUUUUUGAACUUCGACUGCGUCAGACUGGUGUCAAACCGUAUUCUGUGGAACUGAGAUAGUGUGUGGUGUGCGCGCUCGUGAUUCGUUUUCUGGAAGUUUACACGGUGCAAGUAACGUAUCGUUAUUAUCUUGUUAAAAUCUAGACUUGGAAUUGUUAAAUUAAGAUUAAAAAAUGGUUAAGGAAACAACAUUUUAUGACAUCCUUGGAGUGAAACCCAAUUGUACAACAGAUGAGCUUAAGAAGGCAUAUAGAAAAUUAGCACUCAAAUACCACCCAGACAAGAAUCCCAAUGAAGGAGAAAGGUUCAAGCAGAUCUCCCAGGCUUAUGAGGUGCUAUCCAAUCCAGACAAGAGGAGAAUUUAUGACCAAGGCGGUGAGCAAGCUCUUAAAGAGGGUGGCGGUGGCGGCGGCGGCUUCUCUUCCCCCAUGGACCUGUUCGACAUGUUCUUUGGCGGGGGCUUCAGCGGCGGCCGCCGGCGCGGCCGCGAGAGGAAGGGCAAGGACGUCAUCCACCAGCUGUCCGUCACUCUGGAGGAGCUGUACCGGGGUGCUGUUAGGAAGCUGGCACUGCAGAAGAAUGUUAUCUGCGAGAAGUGUGAGGGCCGCGGUGGAAAGAAGGGUGCGGUCCAAACUUGCCCCACAUGCCGCGGCUCCGGCAUGCAGGUCCAGAUCCAGCAGCUGGCUCCGGGCAUGAUCCAGCAGAUCCAGACAGUGUGCAGCGAGUGCCGCGGGCAGCGGGAGAUCAUCGACCCUAAGGACCGCUGCAAGCUCUGCCAGGGCCGCAAGACCGUGCGAGACCGCAAAAUCCUGGAGGUCCACGUGGACAAGGGCAUGACGGACGGACAAAAGAUUGUGUUUAGCGGGGAAGGCGACCAGGAACCAGAGCUUGAGCCCGGCGACCUUAUUAUCGUUUUAGAUGAAAAGGAACAUGAGGUGUUCAAACGCUCUGGCAACGAUCUCAUCAUCCGCCUCAACAUCGAGCUGGUGGAAGCGCUGUGCGGCUUCCAGAAGGUCAUCCGGACCCUGGACGACCGAGACAUAGUGAUAACGGUCAUGCCCGGGGAGGUCACCAAGCAUGGCGAGGUCAAGUGCGUGUUGAAUGAAGGCAUGCCCAUGUACAAAAACCCAUUCGACAAGGGUCAGCUGAUCAUCCAGUUCCUAGUAAACUUCCCGAACACCAUUCCCCCUGAAAUCAUCCCCGCGCUCGAGAACUGCCUGCCGCCGAGACCUGUGGUGGACAUCCCGGAGCUGGCGGAGGAGUGCCAGCUGGUGGAGCUGGAGCCGGAGCAGGAGGCGCGGCGGCGGCGCGCGCACGCCGGCCCGGCCUACGACGAGGACGACGACCAGCCCGGCAUGAACCGCGUGCAGUGCGCCACCAGCUAGGCCGCCUCCCCCCACCCCACCCCACUAGACCCGACCGGCCUCCCGCAUCCUUUCAUGCGAGCGAGAUCGCGUCGUCGAUAUACCAUACGAGUAUAAUAAAACUGUUCAUUACCAUGUUUCGUUUUAUAACGCGACUGACCCGUUUUAACAUGUAUUUAACACUUACAAUGCUAAACGCCCCGUUCCUAAACGCACUUAGUGUAUUCUUGGCAGGGAAUGUGUCACUAUUGUGUCGAUUGUGGACAAAAAACUUUGUUGUACGAAAGACAUCGAUUAAACAGUACUGUUCUAGCCAUGAAAUUCGAAAUGAACUAGACGAGUAGCUUGAUGCCAUCGUUUACGCGUAGUAUACCGAUACUUAGUGACGCAAGUUAGCGAAAUCCUGAUAUUGUUUCUUUUCUACUCGUUGACUGUAAUAAUUGAAUUAAGAUUUCGUAUACCGAACUAUAAUUACGUACUUUUCAUGUAUGGGCUCCCAAUUCAACUAUAAGAUUCAUCUCGAUACGCUGUAGUCAAUUUAAAAAAAAAAAUGGACCACUAGCCGGAUCCACACAGAGCGAGCAUACCCGCGAGGCAACUUCCUCACGCACAAAACUUCCCGUGUAAACGUGCCUCGGGCGAGGAAAGCGCCAUGCGCCGCCUCGGCCGAGGCACGUCUACACUGGCCGGCGCUCCGAUAGAAAAGACUAGACGGGGGACCGGCGGGCGGGGGACUUGGCGCGUUUAUGUCUUUUGUACUACAUUUUUGCCUACUGAGAUACUAAUUUCCAUGAAUUAUUUACAUUUUAUAGUAAAAAAGUAUUAUUUUAAAUGACUCGUAAAAAAAGCAUUGUAUACAAUAGUGAUAUACUCAAGCUUUUCAAGCUAGUACCUCACUUAAACACGGUACUCGACUGAAAAGCUCUCUCACGAUUUUAUAAAAUGCUAUUUUCAAAUUUUCAAAAUAAAUAUGCUUUAAGUAUGCUCGCGGAUUUGUCUUUAAUAACAGAACUGCCUACAUAUUUUAAAAGUAAAUCGUAUAUUAUGAUAAUCGUAUGAUGUUACUCCCGUAUAUCACUCCAAGUGACAUGUUUCGGUGAAAAUAGGUUUCCUUGUUCCAUCACGAGAGUCGUAAGACCCGUUCGCAUGUAACAGGAAUAAAAUCGUAUGAUUAUUAUGUAUUAUAUGACACACGAGAGUAAAUAAAUUGAAUAUAGUAGCAGUAGUUUCCUUUUCACGACCGACUCUCGUUUAUUGAAUAAUGUCUGAGGGGUUUCAAAUCUGCUCUUUCUAUACAAUGACUAUGCGUUGAGCGCUAUAGUAACUUUACAGUGGGAGGCUUAUGGCAGUGUAUGUCACUUUCCAAUACCCUUUGACGGUAUGUGCUUUAUUUUAGUUUACCACGUAAUAUCGCAACCAUGAUACGCCUUAGACUCUAGAUAAGUUGUAAUAGAGUGCUAAUUGCAAAACAAGUCGUUCACACACAAUGUGUACUAUCCAUGUAUUUUGCAUAGUAAUAAUUAGUCUGACAAAUCUAACUCUGUGAAAUUUGCAAAGACGAAGUUGAGGCAAAGUCAAAUUUAUAUGAAAAUAUGAUGUUUAUAAUAUAACACUUGAGUGUUAUUUCAAGAUGUUAUGUUCAAGUUGGUGCAAAGAUCGUCUUUUUUAGCUUUAAAAAUAAGUCACAGCAAAACGGGGGUAUUACUGCAAUGUUCUGUUACCAGAGUGCAGUACUAGCUUAUAUUGUAAACCAUAGAUUAACUUAUUCAUACUAUGCCUUAAACAGUUUUUUUGAAUUGCGAACUGCGAAAACCGAAAUUUCAUUAUCUGCCUCUCCAUCGCUCGAAUAUCGCAAGAGUAAUAGAGAGGUAGAUAACCAAAAUUUAGAUUUUCGUGUUUCGCGGUAGGCCCUGUAUUUGUGCUAAUAGCGCAGCCUACGCAGAGUUUUGCGUAAUUUUCCUAUUAUUUAAAAAUCCUUUUUAAUAAAAAGACACGUCAGGAUUGUUUACCUUUUUUCUAAUGCUAAAAAAAGUGGCUGUGACAGAAUCGGACAGACAGACGGACAUGACGAAUCUAUAAGGGUUCCGUUUUUUGCCAUUUGGCUACGGAACCCUAAAAACGAAUUAUAGCUUAGACGGACUCAAAAAAAUAUUGGUAACAGCGCAAUUAAGUUAAAUAAUGUUUUGAUGCCCUAUUUUCAAUGUCUUAGCCCUCUAUUAUAACUUGCCAGACUCUGAAGGACAAUUAGAAAAAUAAUCAAAUAUUUUAACAUAGAAUUAGUUAUUCUGAACGCAAGAUUAUAAUUUUAAUCGAGCGUAUCUUUGAGUUCCCACUUGAAGUUCGCAGGUAAAGUGGAUGACUAAUAAUUUCCGAGGUACUGUUGUAUCGACCACGCCAAUGGACCUUAUCCUAUAAUAUGACUUAUGAUUGUAUUUAAUUGUAGGUAUCGCAUGUAACGUUACUACGAAACUAUUAUUUUUUUAUUUGCUAGUUUUAAUCAUUUAUCACUGUGGAUAGGAUGUAACGUUCUAUCUACUACUUAUACUUAAUCUGAGAGUGCCGAAUUUCUGUCCAUAUCGAUAAAUGAUAAAAAAGCGAUGACAGACCCCCAGUUGAAAGAAAUAAUGCUAGCGUUAAUUGUUUAUUUCAUGUAUUACAUCGACGAUACUAUAGCUCUUGCUAGAUGAAUUACCUAUUUAUAUUAUUUAGUAACAAAAGCAUAAUUAAGCGCAGGAUGUUAGGUCCAUUAGCUGUAUGGUGAUUGUAUUAGUGUUAGUGUAUUGUAACUAUGAAGUAAUCAUCAUUCAUCACUGUGAUUUUUAUUUCUUUUCUCUGUUUAGAUAAUUGCUUUCGUGCAAUUUUUAUUUUAAGCUCCUAGCUGACCUGGUAUUAACAUACAUAAAUAUUUAAUUUAUGUUUAGCCAUUGUUUAGCACGAAAACGUAACAUUUUGAACACUUUUAUAUCGUCAAAUUAAAUUAUUUGUUUGACUAAGUCGUAUUGGAUGUUUAAUCUCAACAAAAUAGACAAUUGAUACACACCUGUAAUACAAAUAUAAGAAAGUUUUUGUCUCAAAAA